AUGUGUGGUAUUAAAUAUUGCGUCGUUUUGUUUGCCUUGGUGCUCCGAACAAGUAUCUCCGGGGAGGGAAAAAUUGUCAAUGAAGAUGAAUUUGGAGCCCUAUGUGGUAUGAUAAAUCUGGCUCAGGCUGGAUUGAGGAAGAUAAAGGAGGUCCGAGAAACCAUUAAAGGUACGAUAAGAAUUGGAUCAAGAUGCCUCGAGCUUACUGGGGGUAGGGUAUUGGACACGAUUUGUGAGGGAGAAAAUAGUAGAAACUGCGAAAAUCGCAGAACGUUUUGGAAGAAAGCGGAAAGUUCAUCGAACAAAAAAAUAGCCGGAGACGGUCUUCUAGAUCGACAAACGGAGGAAAUGAUUAGGAAGAUAGGAGGUGAAGCCGCAGACCUAUAUGAGGAUGUCACGAGGAAGCAAUGGGUACCAUUUGCAAAUGCACUGGAAGAAAAAAUCAACGAAGCCCUCUAUGGUGUGCCUUGGAGACCAGAAGAGAUUAAGGAAAACACUACAGACAGAAAGCAACUAUGUCAGCAGGAGAUUUCACGGAACGCGGUGCAUUACCCACCAGCGUCGUUGAGCAGGGAUUUAUUAUGUGUCUGCGCGAUGGACCUGGAGUCAGUGAGGAAGCACAGACUUUGCUGCGAAUUUUGCGGUUACGAAGAUAAUCGGGAGGUUUGGAAACCAAACAAGGAUUCGUGGGAAAGAUGGAACUUUCUUCGAGCACACUGUGCAUUUCUUGGAGAACCUAAGGAAGAUUUCGAGAAACUUGCGAGCACGUUCAGGCGCCUGAUAAAUCAGCAACACAACACGCCUAUCGGGGUUAUGUACAUCUUGGGAUACCAGAAGAGAAACAGCUUCUGGUCCCUUGGGCUCUCGUCAAGGGGACCUAUGGGUCCGGGUGUGCAUUAUGUUUUAAUGGGAAAAGAGAAAACGACUGACGAUAUACCAUGGUUGAAACUGUUGCGAGAGGUGACAAUGGAGAUGGGACAACCGGCUCAAGACAAUGUCCAAGAAGGUGAGUUCACAGAGGCCCUUGAGAAGUUGGAACAAGACCUCGAAAAAUUGAUUCAGACAAAGUGA